AUGGCCAGCCAAGCCGUGUGCGCUGCCGUGUGCGCUGCCGUGGGUGCUGCUGUGGGCGCUGCCGUGGGCGCUGCCGUGGGCGCUGCCGUGGGCGCUGCCGUGGGCGCUGCCUCGGUCAGCAGUCAUCGUCCAGAGCACGACCUCUGGCGAGUCAGCCGGUCACUUGAUGACGACCUGAAGAGCAAGAAGAAGACAAGGCAAAACGACAAGAAGCGCGCCAAGGCCAAAGCAGCGGCUAUCGCCGCUGCAGCGGCCGAGGAGGCUGCUGCAAAGGCGGCUGCUCAGGCGGCCGCUCAGGCCGCUCAGGCGGCCGCUCUCGGACGGUACAGGUUGGUCAACGCUUGGUUCUAUCCACGCGGCGACUGGUACACCUUCUACUGGGAUGGCAGCUCGGCCGACAAGGUCGCAAGGCGCGCUACCUACCCGACGCUCGAGCACGACGACCACGACCCCGGCCCCCUCGCAGAGCGCAUCAGGCGCGACAAGCGCGAGGCGUCCCACCGCUCCUCCGACGACUCCUCCUCCGACCGCGACUCGUGCGGCACCGGCUCCACUAGCGAGGCGAAUGACAUAUUCGACACCCUCGAAGACCAUCUCGGCUACGGUUCCGACUCCGGCUCCGGCUGGUAG